UCUAAUUUUUUUAACAUUACUCUGGUGUGAACCUUUCAAGGAUUCCUACCUCGUACAUAAGUCAAAAUGUGAAUCUUAUGACCAAUAGCAUGAUGACAAUAAAUCCUUGUAAGCAUAACAUUGAUACUGCCCAAUAAAAUCUCACAAUGAUCACUCCAUAAGGCAUAUUUCUUGUAGUUCCCGCCCCAUCUUACUAUAAAUAAGUCCACUCUCCACACACUAACCAUUACCAAAAUCUCCAAAAAAAUAUGAAGAAAUUUACCAUUAUUCAUCUCCUACUCUUGUUUGUUGUUGUUGCUUCAGCUACAAUACUAGUUGAAGCACAAAAAUGCAAGCCAAGUGGGUUUUUGAAGGGAAAGAAACCCCCAAAAAAUGAAUGUAACCAUGGUAAUGACUCUGAUUGCUGCGAGAGCGGCAAAUUAUACGCUAUCUAUAAAUGUUCACCGCGGGUGACUAAGACUACAAAGGCUACUUUAACCAUAAACAGCUUUCAGGAGGGCGGCGAUGGAGGCGGAGCGUCAGCAUGUGAUGGCAAGUUUCACAAUGAUGACACGCCGGUGGUGGCAUUAUCGACCGGUUGGUUCAAUAGGAAGAAGAGGUGUCAUCGUCAUAUAGUUAUACAUGGAAAUGGAAGGAAGACUAAAGCGAAAGUGGUGGAUGAAUGUGACUCUACCGUAGGAUGCGACCGCAAGCAUGAUUUUCAGCCGCCGUGUGACAAUAACAUUGUGGAUGCAUCUAAAGCAGUUUGGAAAGCUUUGGGAGUUAAGGAAAGUGACGAUAGAUGGGGAUGGAUGGAUAUUACCUGGACUGAUGCUUGAGGGGUUAAAAUUGUUUGCAGUAACUGAAUUAUAGACGUUCUACAGAACCGUUAUCAUGAUUUCAUUUCUAUGUUUUCGUAACUGGAUUUCUACUUUUACAUCAAUCGGAGGUUAUUAUAACAAUUCAAAUUAAAUAUUACUUACGAGGCAACAAAAAUUUAGGCAGUUGUCCAACCGUACGUUGCCACAAAAACAUCUUUUGACAUGAAUUGUUAUAGUACCCUUCUGUUGAUAUAAAAAUGAAAUAUCAGUUACUAAACUAUAGAAAAAAUGAAAUGAUGGUAACUGUAAAAUGCUUAUAGUUUAGUAACCGCAGAAAACUUUAACUCGAUGCUCGAGUUCCUGUGUUUGCUCUUUUGUGUCGUUUGGCUUGUCCAGUGUCAAUAAGUCUACUUCAUGGCAAUGCAAUAAUACUGUAAUUUGGACUCUUCAAUACUUGUUUACUGAUAUUGAAGAGAUGCUGCCAAAAAGAUUGAUUCCAUCAAAGUUUA